CACAGCGUGGUGUCCCUCUAGGGUCGUGUUCCUUUUAUCUCAUUCGUUUGUGAGGCAGCUCUUGAACAUCUCGUACCAUGAAUUCCUGUGGACAUUGUGCCUGCUUUAUGUGCGCAGUCCUUAUUACAGGCAUAAUUGGACAGAGUCAACGUUUAGUAGACGGCACGUCAAGGUAUAAUGGCCGUGUAGAGAUUUUCUACAAUAAAACAUGGAACACUGUGUGCAAUGAUCGCAUGGACAAGAAAGAGGCGCAAGUCAUCUGUAAAAUGCUGGGAUUUAACAGCUCUCGUGCCCUGGUUGUGCGGACAGAGAUGUACAAAGAGGGUUCAGGUCCCAUUCUGCUGGAUGAGGUCCAGUGUCAGGGCUCAGAGACCAGCCUGACACAAUGUCAACACGAUGGAUUCUACAAACACGACUGCUAUCACUACGAGGACCUGGCGAUCAUUUGCAGCAGGCAACCAGAACGUUUGCAUUUGGCGACACUUGACAGGGGUCGUGUGCAAAUACUGUUAGAGGGUGAGUGGUACACCGUGUGCAUCCCUGACGUCCACAUCGCUAGAGUCCUGUGCAGACAACUCGGUCAACCAUCAGCAGCAGCAGUACCUUUAAAAACGAUUUCAUCAGGACCAUAUGUGGGCACAAAGCUAAUGUCCGGCCUUAAAUGCAAUGGUCAAGAAAACAGCAUCAUCGACUGUGACCAGACAACAUUCAACAAUGAAGAGUGGAGAAGCAAGAUUUGCACUUCGGAUUCAGAUUAUUCUGGUGUUCUUUGCGUUGACUCCCCUCCUCUUUUCAUCCUAGUGAACGAAGGCAGAUACCCUGUGAUGGAAAGAACAAAUGUUACUCUCACGUGUAUGAGCGAACUCUGGCCUAAUGUAGCUAAUUACACUUGGCCAGAGACUGCAGGUGCUGUUGCCAUAGAAAAUGAUCUGAUUAUCGAGAAUGUGAAGAGAACACAUAAUGGGGAGCAAGUACAAUGUUUGGCUGUCUCCAGUGAUGGUGUAAUUCUAUCUAGUGAUACCUUCACACUGCAGGUUUAUUAUUACCCCAUUAUUACGAUUCAGAUGUCGUCGACUAGGUCUGCAAUCGUCUUCGCACAUAUCUACCAAGUCAGGAAGGGUCAAAAUACUACAUUUUCAUGUGAUGCUGUGAGCAACCCUCUCCCUGCUUCUAUCACGUGGUCUGGAAGAGUGAACAGUACCACUGGUCAAUUGAGGAUCAUAGCAGCUGAGGCAGGUAGACAUAAUGGUGUUUACACCUGCACCGUAGUAACUAAAACAGUUGAUGAUGAUGAGCGUCUCCCACUGAAAGCAUCACGUCGACUGAUCAUCGAUGUUAAAGGUAUGCUUAAUAAUUUACCGAGCCUUUUAACACUGUUGGUUAUAUUGCUAACAUCCAUAUUUGUCUUUACUGUAACAGAUUUUAAGAGCGAUUAACAACAUAGAAGGUGCAAUGUUGUUGCUCGGAAACGAAAAACGACUACAAAUUGGUUUUUUAUUAUUGUCGUUUGUUUUGUGUUGUUGCUGCUGUUGUUGCUGCUGCUUUUAUUGUUAUUGUUAUUGUUAUUGUUAUUGUUAUUGUAGCAGCAACAGCUUGAAGAAACAUAACACGUGCAAACCAAAUCAAACGCCUCUUAUUAAUGUCUUCUUUGCCGUUCAUUGUUCAGAUACACAUUUCCCCGCGCUUGCGAUUUCGGUAUUCGGUAUUUUGUGUGCAACGUGUAUAAAGAAAGAACCUGUGUUUGGCAUGGCCAUACGAUGACAUGCCGCACGGUUUUGUUUCUUACUGCGAUUUUUUGUUCAAGUCAUCAACAGGUAACAUCAAUGGAGUCUUUAAGGGUGAAUACAAAAAGCAGUAGUUUUUUUUUUUUUCACGAUGCCUCUGAAUUUUGUGUGGAGAUUUAUUUGGUCAACUAUUUCCUAUGUUAUAUACGGAUUUUUAUGUCCAGUACCUUAUCAUCAAAAGUUCAGUUACUAAACCCUAAUUAAAAGAGCUCUGUAUAGUUAUUUUUUGGCACGUUUCAAUGAUAAUUUAUUUGAUUUCCUGCAGCAAAAUUUGAUCAACGGUGGAAAACUCAGCCUAUCGAACAUUGUAGGGAUUAUCGGAUCGAUAGCUCUUUCUUUAUUUGAUGAAUAUUACUGCAUUGCCAAUCGUAGACGGAGUAGCAAUUUGUCUGGUGAAUUCCGUUAACAAACGGGACUCUAUAGUUGCUAAGUAUUUCUUCGAUCCUUGACACGUCCAAGCUAACCUAUUAGAGAGACGAGUAGCAUUCAGUCACACGAGACUGAGCAUUAACAGGUCUGUAUUCUCCCAUCACAGUCCUAACUACAUAAUAUGUCUGCUUUACAAAUGGCCACAUCUCAUGCCCCAUAGCCAAAGGCAAAAGACCCAACUGCUUGUAAGUAUUGCCAAAAGGCUAAAACAAAAACCCGACAGAAAAACGGAUUCUUUGCCGGACAGUUAACCCUUAAUAAAAGCACCAGCUACCACUAGUAAUCAUUCCAGCUGUGUCAACUGGGCGAACUUUCUUCCGCUAUCCGGGUAACGAACCGGCUUGCCUCUCAAUCCAGACGCCAGCACUCUAACCACUCGGCCAUUCGCUUCCCCUCGAUGCAACGUCCACAUUCCACUACACACACGCACUCACACACACACACACACACACACACACACACACACACACACACACACACACACACACACACACACACACACACACAGAUACACACAAG